AUGGCGGACAAGUGUCUUCGCAACGCCAGCUGCACGUGCAGUUUAUGCUCAGGAUUCGACGUGGCGUCGCUCCGGAGCAUCUCCAAGUCCAUUGCGUCCACGAUCCAGUACGAGGACGAGAAUGAAGACGAAGACCGCUCAACUACAGGAGACGAGACGCGUGGCUCAGCCGCCCCGUCACGUGGGAAAACAGCGCUCACCAGCCACGUUUCGACUGUCCAAAAAGACGUGGACGCAACCGCUAGCGCUACUUCAGACGUGGUGAUGACGGACGUUGCAGCAGAAGAGACGCUGGAGCCCAAAGCGCUGGCCAAAGACGUCGACAAGAUGCUGAUCAACGCGUCUGACGCUUCAAUUUCGCUACCUGGAAUCGCAGCAGACGGGGCAGGUUCAGGCGGUCCCCUGUCGCUCGAUGUGGUGCUGCCCCAGCUGACGGACAAGCUGUGGAAAGUGCGGAAAGAAGCGUUUGAAGCACUGAAGGAGCUGUUCGAGCAGCCGAACGUGACGACGAAUCAGGUGCGAGCAGCAGUGGAAUUGUUCCCGAAGAUGUGUGAGGACGCCAAUGCGAGUGCAUUGGAGGCGGCUUUUGCGGCUGUGCUGGCGUACACGGUGCACGUUGAGCCGUUUGACAAGGCAAUUGUGUCUGGAGUGAUGACUCGUGUGACUGAUAAGGGCUUUUCGGCUCGACCAGGGAUUGUCAAGAUCUGUGAAGAGUUGACUGACGCUUUUGUGGCUGCUGGCGCAGUGGAAGAGACGACCGUGGCUCUUUUAGAAGGAGUGAGCAAUCGCAAGCCCAAGGUGCCACCAGCUUGUCUGUCGUGUCUACUGGAAGCGUUGAAAGCGUAUGGGCCGCGAGUCUUGCCGCUGCAAACUAUUAAAGCAGCACUACCAAAGCUAAUGGAGGGACCUGUCAAGGCACGCCCGAUGGCUAUGAGCAUCAUGGUAGAAAUUCAUCGAUGGACGGGUCCAGCACUCGUUCAGGAUAUUGUGGCCAACCUUCGGCCUGUUCAGCAGACCGAGUUUGAGGGGCACGUCAAGGAUGUUGUUCCCGGCCAAGCAGCACCCACCAAGUUUGUCAGAGGCUCCAGACCGGCUGUAGCUACAACCAACGCUAGCGGAAUAGGUUCUAGUGGCGCAGAAAAAGGGGGUAUGGUCACACCUACAGCGUUUGACCCCCGUGAUUUUGCUGAAACAGUGGAUUUGCUUGCUAGACUACCUAAGACUGAGUUUAAGACGAAGUUGGCGUUACCGAAGUGGAGUGAAAAGGUGGAGGCACUGAAGAUUAUUUUGGAAGUGAUUGGCCCCGUACCAAAGCUAGCAGACGGUGAUUUUUAUGAGCUGGUCACAACUCUGAAAGCCUUGGCGAACGACUCGAAUGUGAACAUCGCGGCCAAAUCAAUCGAAGUAUUUGGCGCGCUUGCAGACGGCCUACGGAAAUAUUUUACGCAAUACGCUCGAAUGGUGUAUUCUGAGCUAUUGCGGAAACUAUCAGAUAAGAAGUCGGUGAUUUUGAACGCAGCAAAUACGACAUUGGACUUAUUUUUACAGCAUGCGAUGACAAUUGAUAUGAUGAUGGAUGAUUUAAAAGUAGCUUGUGACGCGUCGAAAAACAAAUCUCCGCCUGCACGUGUACAAACCAUGGCUUUCCUAGCACGUGCUGUGAAAAGUCGUAAUGUCGAUUUGAAUGACAAGGCACAAAUAGUGUCCUUAGCAACGAUGUUUUUGAAAGGCAUCGAAGAUAGUGACCCAAAAGCCCGCGAGGCAGGCCAAACGUCCUUGAUUGUGCUCUUGCAGGCAUCGGAUCAGGCGCAUACGUGGCUGCGAAGUAUCGUGGAUGAGAUAGCGCGCAAGAAUCCUCGAGCACACAAGGCGAUCCAGCGAGGUUUAGGUGGUGAACCAGCUUCAACGCCUCCUGUACGUCCAGAUACUAUGCAACCAUCGCGUCCUAGUAGUGCUUCACUGUCCCGUCCUAGCAGUGUGAGCAGUGCUGCUAGCCGAUCCAGUCUAGGCGACUCCAGGACAUCGGAUGUGGGUGUGGCUAGCUCAGUCUCUGCCAACUCCCGUAGUCCAUCACUAAAAAAGCGCGGACUACGUGCUCCGCUAGGAAUGAGACCUGCUUCAAGCGGUGGAACUGUUGCUAAAACUGCUCCUUCAAAAAGAGCUUUUGCGGAAGGCUUGAGUGUGGGUGCAUCUGCCGAUGGGAGCGUGUGCGCCGAUUUUACACCUGUGGCGAUCUCUGUCACCGCCGAAGAAGCUGAGGACAUUAUUGCGGAGCUACAAGUAGGGACCUGGGUUGCUAUCAAAGAAGGGUUCGCGAGCCCGAAAUGGAUGGAGCGCAAAGGAGCAAUUGAGGCACUGCAGGAAUAUGCCAGUGCGCACUCUCCCAUUAUGAGUGUGCGCGUAAUUGAGGCGCUCACGGUUUAUUUGGCACAACAAGUGAAGGGUUUUAAGGAUAGCAAUAUUAACGUGCUGAAGAGUUCCUUCGAGGCAGUCGGAACGUUUGCAAAGACAGCUGCCGGCAAGUUUCCUCGCGGAGUUGUCUGUCUUGUUACUCCUCGUGCUUGUGACAAGAUUGGAGACAGGAAGGCAAACGAGGCUACUCGCAACAUGAUUCUGCAGUUUUGUGAAGUGACUAGUCCGUCAUACACAACAGGGUGUAUGAUAGAGUAUAUGCCGAAAGUUCGAUUACCGCUAGCGCAUAUUGAGGCUCUAGCAGUUUUGACAGACUGCGUUAAAGACUUUGGUAUCUCCAUAUGUAACCCACGUGCACUAGUCGGCUAUGCAAAGGGUCCGCAAGGGCUAGAGUCAUCUAACCCCAAGGUCCGCAGUGCCGCUAUUGCACUACUCAGUGAGAUGUAUUCACAACUUGGACCGGCGCUGGUUUCGAUUCUUAACCUAGACACAUGGAAACCGGCAUUAGCUGAGACCGUGAAAAAUGAAUUUGAUAAGACGGGCUACGAUUCAGCGAAAGCCUCGACAAGUGUGAAGCGACGUGUGAAAGAUCAGGAUGAGGCUAAUUCAAGUGCAGUGGACUCUGGCGCACUCUUUGGUCGCGUUGACGUUAGCAGUCAAUUAACUAAAGAGCUGUUUGAGUGUAUGAAGAACGAGGCGGACAAAGGUGCCUGGAAGAAACGUGGGGAGGCUAUGGAUGCCGUCCAGACGAUUUGCGAGAGUGCUGGUUGCGCGAUUGAGUUCACCCGAUCUGUGCAAGAAGUGCUUCGUAAUCUGAAAGCUCGCCUAAACGACUCGAACGCAAAUAUGAAGGUAAAAGCUGCAAACGUAAUUGCAGUCGUUGCGACAAGUGUUGGUCCUGAUAUUGCAAAGAUGUCGAAGAUACUUGGUCCAAGCUUGAUUGCCGGGGUUGCUGACAAUAAGAAGUCGAUGCAAUCAGCUGCGAUUCAAGCCUUACACAAAUGGGUAUUGCACGACAGCAAGACUUCUUCUUCCUGUAUGGAAAGUCUUCUUUCACCACUUGCGGAAGGUCUUUUGAACACGGUUGGACGAGCAGAGUUGCUUAAAUGGGCAACAGAGCACCUUGGCAGAUGCACGAGACUCGAUUUACAUUGUUUAGUCGUUCCCGCUGUCCAGUGUUUGAUGGACAAGUCGUCCGAUGCGCGUGAGAAAGCUCAACUGCUGCUUCUUGAAGUUGUGAAGUCUGUCGGUAAAGACACUGUGCUUACAAAUGGGUGUCGUGAUAUCCAACCUGCUGCCAUGCGGGCCUUGAAACCUUUGCUUGCAAAAGUGUGUGAGCUAGCCGAUGCGAGUGGUGACGCAAAUGUAUCCGGUCGGCCAGCUUCUAUUUCAGGAAUUUGCACAGCGCCUACGCUAGCCCAUGCGUCUAUAGCUGCUGCUGGUCAAGAAACUAAUGGCCCCGGAAACGUACGUGGUGGAACUAGUAGAAGGGUCAGCGCAUCUACUGGGGGUGUUACCCCUUUGAAGUCACGCAUCGGUCGUCUUGGUUCAUCGAAAAUUACCAUUACAUCGUCACCGACUACUUAUGAUGACACCGAAAAGGACACAGCCCCAUUACUAAAGAUGAGCACUAACAAACAAGCGAGGUUAAGUAAGGGGCUGUACAAUCAUUGGGUUUUCGAGACUACUUCAUUGAGUGAGAUGAAUGCGCGCAAGAGUGAAAUCGAUGCCGAGUGGAAGCCUUUUCUAUCGCUGGAUUUUCACGCAAAGCUAUUUGCUCCGUCACUAGAAAAGGGAAUGUUGAGUGCGAUGGAUGGGCUAUCGUCGUGUAUCGUACACCAAGCUGCUGAGGUGAUCGCGUCACUUGACCUCAUCUUGAAGUGGUGCACUCUUCGUAUUGUCGAUAAUAAUGUCCAGGCCUUGGCCAAGUUAUUGGAGGUCUUGAUCAAGUUGUUUAACAUGCUCAAGGGAAGAGGAUAUCAGCUGGAUGAUGUCGAAGCUGCAAUAUUGCUUCCAUUUUUGCUACAAGAGAGUGGACAGUCAAAGCCGCGCUUUCGUGUCCGCUUCCGUGAUGUUAUGAAGCUGGUUGUUGAUGUUUAUAGCCCUGAAAAGUAUGUCCCCUUUUUGGUGGAAUGCUUCAAUAGCUCAAAGAAUAUGAAGAGUCGUUGUGAGUGCAUUGAUCUUGUGGAGUAUAUCGUAAGUGUGCAAGGAUACCAGAUUGUUGGCCGCAAAUGCAUCAAGGACGUGGGUAAGUACGUCGUAGCUCACGAGAAGGAACUCCGCGAGAGUGCGAUUAACGCGCUAGUAUCCGUGUACGUGCGGACCGAUAAAGAAAACCCGGACAAGUUUUUUAGAUAUGCUGGUAUCACGGCGCAGCAAGGCGUCGAUUUACUCAGUGCGCGUUUAAAGCACUUGCCUGCCAGUUGUUUUCCGCUUGAAGCCGGUACUGCUGGACCGGUCCUGACGUCAGAACAAGAGGGACAAAAAUCUCAGCCUGCUCAACGGACAGGCUUUGGCUUUGGGUGUGCGUCUUCUGCCACAGCUACAGCACCGACACGUAGCACGGAUGAUAACGAGCACGUGGUACCUACUGGGACUACUUUCACAUCCGACGUAAGGCAGUUCAGGGAUGAUGAUGUCGAUGACGAUAUCGAAAUGACUACUUCGAACGCGGAGAUUGAAGAAACUCCACCUGGUGCAGCGAUUGAAGAGUUGCUGUUACGUCCAAUCGAGAUGCUCGUCGAUUCGUCGAGGGAAAUUGUUCCUGCUGGCACACCAGCGUACAAGGAAGGUGGAAACGCACUGAAGGGUCUGUAUGCAAUAAUUAACCGUCCUUCAGAUGCGUCAGAGGUCGAGUUCUUGCACUCGUAUGUAAAUGAGAUCGUUUUGGCCCUGUGCGACUGUAUACAUGGCGCAUUUUACGCUGGUAAUGCAGAAAAAAGGCCCGAGAUGUACAUUCUGGCAAUAAGCAUCACUACGCUGACGGUAGUUUUAAACAGUGAGGCCGUCACCAGUAUGCAGCGCUACACAGUGGAACGCGUUUUGUUGGAACUGUGCUCAAAGAUAAUGGACCCACGUUUGGAAAAGUUUUCCCGAAAUGCUAAUGUGCCAGUAACUGAACUGAGAUUGACCCUGGAAGAGAACCGUUACCUUAUGGUGUACAAGGCACUGUACAAGGCGAUGCGCAAAUUGACUGAAAGGGCAAAGCCUGGUGAUGUGUACCCGUCGGUGAUUAAUCUUCUGCAACGGCUUAUGCACAACGAUGUAGGUGAGUACAAUAAGAACGACACCUUGAAGCACCUGCUGAAGGAAGAUUCGCUAGACCAACUCGUUGGGCGCAUCCUGCUAAAGCUAUCGAGCAUCCAAGCGAAGUCACUGGCUCCGUUUGAGGGUAUCGACAUCUUUGGUGUUCUGAUGCAAAUGCAUGGGUUUUUCUCGACUCUUCCUCGAGCUGAAGUGAUGAUGGUGGAUAUCGCAAACGAUAAUAUGCAGUCGGCGUUGAAAAUUAUCGCUGAAAGUUUAACGAAGACGCGACCGAGUGCUUUCGAGUCGUCUAUGAAAGACAUACCGUCAACGUCUCUAGUGCGUCAGAUCCUCCAAGAGAUGGGAUAUGAUCAAGAUCGACAGCAAUUUGCCGCAGAGCCUUCUGGAUUACAUGCUGAUGAAAAUAGUGUUUGUCUCGCAUCUGCCGCACCCAAUGCUAUGAAGGACUUCGAUGGCGGCACCGCUACCAAUGUAGAUGCAGCUACAACAGGGGCUGUCAGACGUUCAUUUCCGGUAGAAGACACCAGUCUGCCUCGAAGUCCGCGCGCAACAUUUAUGGCGCCACCCCGGGCAGGGAGUAUUCCCACAGCGACCCGCGGCCGUAGUUUUACGUCAUUCCACGACUUUGCUGCCACUCGUGGUACAUCGGGUAGUGCGACUCGUCCGUCGACGACUAGCGAACAGCUCGAAAACCUGCGGGAGCGACUGCAAAUGUCCCGUCAUUUUAGCUGA